GCGCCACGCCGUGUGCUCGCCCACGUGUGGUGCUGCUCCCCCGGAGUCGGCCGAAUCGUGGCCUUGGCUUUCCCCGGGGGCGCAGUCGGUGGCUGCUCGGGCUUUGGGACCACGGCGGCCUGAGGACUCUGACCACGAAGCAGGGAGCGCAGGCGGCCUCCCGGGGCGGAGGCCCGGCGUCAUGGAGCACCUCUGGCUGGAGGUGGCGGCCGCGCCGCUGCGGCGGGUCGCGGCCAAGAACGACAAGAGCCGCAGUGAGCUGGGCAGGUUCUUGGCCAAGCAGGUGUGGACACCUCAAGAUCGCCAGUGUAUCCUGAGUACCUUAGCACAAUUGCUCUUGGAUAAAGACUGCACUGUGCUGAUUGGUCGCCAGCUUCGCCCUCUCAUUUUGGAUUUGCUUGAAAGGAAUGCAGAAGCCAUUAAAGCCGGAGGCCAAGUCAAUCACGAUCUACAUGAACGCCUCUGUGUGUCGAUGAGUAAACUCAUUGGUAACCAUCCUGAUGUUCUCCCAUUUGCCCUGAGGUAUUUCAAGGGUACUUUCCCAGUCUUUCAAAGACUCUUCCUGGAGAGUUCAGACGCUAAUCCAGUUCGCUACGGGCGCAGGCGCAUGAAGCUGCGGGACCUGAUGGAAGCAGCUUACAAGUUUCUGCAGCAGGAGCAGUGUGUGUUCCGGGAGCUGUGGGACUGGAGUGUGUGUGUUCCUCUCCUCAGAAGCCAUGACACAUUGGUUCGCUGGUAUACAGCCAAUUGUCUUGCUUUAGUCACCUAUAUGAAUGAAGAGCACAAGUUGUCAUUCCUUAAGAAGAUUUUUAGUAGUGAUGAGUUGAUCCAUUUCAGGUUGAGGUUGUUAGAAGAGGCCCAGUUGCAGGACUUGGAGAAGGCCUUGGUUUUGGCCAAUUCAGAAGCCUCCCUUUGGCGUAAGGAGAAGGAACUGCAGUCCUUACAGGGACAUCUUGUUUCAGCAGACCUGUCCUCCAGGGUGACAGCUGUCUGUGGCGUGUUGCUUCCCAGGCAGCCACCAGGCCCCGGAGAGCAGGCUGGUAACAAGAGUUUUUCACGUGGCCAGGAGCUGGCCCUUAGGUCUUAUGUGCUGGUUGAGUCUGUCUGCAAGAAUCUUCAGACCCUGGCUAUGGCGGUGGCUUCUCAGAAUGCUGUGUUGUUGGAAGGACCAAUAGGUUGUGGCAAAACUUCCUUAGUUGAACAUUUAGCUGCAGUGACAGGUAGAAGGAAGCCGCCUCAGCUUCUCAAAGUCCAGCUUGGAGAUCAGACUGACAGUAAGUUGCUGUUGGGGAUGUAUCGCUGCACAGAUGUCCCUGGAGAGUUUGUGUGGCAGCCUGGCACCGUGACACAGGCAGCCACAAUGGGCCACUGGAUCCUUCUGGAGGAUAUUGACUAUGCCCCCUUAGAUGUGGUUUCUGUGCUGAUCCCGCUCUUGGAGAAUGGAGAGCUCCUGAUUCCGGGCCGAGGUGACUGUCUGAAAGUGGCUCCUGGAUUUCAGUUUUUUGCAACCAGGAGACUUUUAAGCUGUGGAGGAAAUUGGUAUCGACCACUAAAUAGUCAUGCUACUUUGCUAGACAAAUACUGGACCAAAAUUCACCUGGAUAACCUGGACAAGACAGAACUGAAUGAGGUUCUUCAGAGGAGAUAUCCCAGCCUAUUGGCAGCAGCUGAUCACCUGCUUGACAUUUAUAUCCAACUCACAGGAGAUAAACAUUGCUCUCGGAGUGAUAGUUCUGUUGGAUGUGAACAGGCACCCGAGGAUGUUUCAGAAGCUGGAAGAGACAGCAGAAGACCAAUCCUGGAGGGAAGAGAAUUGUCUCUAAGGGAUCUACUGAAUUGGUGCAAUAGGAUUGCCCAUAGCUUUGACAGUUCAUCUUCAUCAGCAUCAUUAAAUAUUUUUCAGGAGGCUCUGGACUGUUUCACAGCAAUGCUUUCUGAGCAUACAAGCAAACUGAAAAUGGCGGAAGUUAUUGGAAGCAAAUUGAACAUUUCUAAGAAAAAGGUCGAAUUCUUCUGUCAACUUUAUAAACCAGAAAUUGUGAUCAAUGAGCUGGAUGUACAAGUGGGCCGAGUGCGGCUUCUCCGGAAGCAAAGUGAGACUGUUCACGUGCAGAGGGAGAAGUAUACUUUUGCGGCUACACGACCAUCCUCUGUUCUCAUUGAACAACUGGCAGUGUGUGUCAGCAAAGGGGAGUCUGUGUUGCUGGUGGGAGAGACUGGGACUGGGAAAACCUCUACUGUCCAGUACUUGGCUCACAUCACAGGCCACCGUUUGAGGGUUGUCAAUAUGAAUCAACAAAGUGACACUGCAGACUUGCUUGGAGGUUAUAAACCAGUGGACCACAAGCUUAUUUGGUUACCUUUGCGGGAGGCAUUUGAGGAGCUCUUUGCCCAGACAUUUUCGAAGAAACAAAACUUCACAUUCUUGGGGCAUAUUCAGACCUGUUACAGGCAGAAACGGUGGCAUGAUCUCCUCAGACUAAUGCAGCACGUGUAUAAGUCUGCUGUUAAGAAGGACGGAAAAGAGAGUGAAACUGGCUUAUUCAUAAAGGAGAAAUGGGAAGCAUUUGGUCUUAGACUCAACCAUGCCCAGCAACAGAUGAAAAUGACUGAAAAUGCCCUAUUGUUUGCAUUUGUAGAGGGUACAUUAGCUCAGGCUAUAAAGAAGGGAGAGUGGAUCUUGUUGGAUGAGAUUAAUCUGGCUGCUCCAGAAAUUUUAGAAUGCCUGAGUGGUUUACUUGAAGGAUCUUCUGGAUCCCUGGUGUUGCUGGAUCGAGGAGAUACAGAGCCCCUGGUUCGUCAUCCUGACUUUCGUUUAUUUGCCUGCAUGAAUCCAGCAACUGAUGUAGGCAAAAGAAAUCUCCCACCAGGAAUAAGAAGCAGAUUCACAGAACUUUAUGUAGAAGAAUUAGAAAGUAAAGAAGACUUACAAAUUCUUAUUGUGGAUUAUCUGAAAGGAUUGAGUGUGCACAAGACCACAGUGCAAGGAAUCAUAAACUUCUACACAGCUUUGCGAAAAGCGUCUGGAACCACAUUGGUGGAUGGGACCGGCCAUAGACCUCAUUACAGCCUUCGGACUCUCUGCAGGGCCCUGCGAUUUGCAGCCUCCAAUCCAUGUGGCAGCAUCCAGCGGUCACUCUAUGAGGGCUUUUGUUUGGGUUUCUUAACACAGCUUGACAGGGCAUCACACCCGAUAGUUCAAAAGCUCAUUUGUCAACACAUUGUCUCUGGCAAUGUCAAAAGUCUACUGAAGCAGCCUAUUCCAGAGCCAAAAGGAGGUCGUCUUAUCCAAGUCGAAGGCUAUUGGAUUUCAGUGGGAGACAAGGAGCCUACAAUAGAUGAGACAUACAUUCUGACAUCUUCUGUGAAACUCAACCUGAGAGAUAUUGUCCGAGUGGUCUCCGCAGGAACCUAUCCAGUGCUCAUUCAGGGAGAGACAUCAGUUGGUAAAACGAGCCUGAUCCGGUGGCUGGCUGCAGCUACCGGCAAUCACUGUGUGCGUAUUAACAAUCAUGAACACACAGAUAUUCAGGAGUACAUUGGGUGUUACACAUCCAACUCUUCAGGGAGGCUUGUCUUUAAAGAAGGUGUUCUUAUUGAUGCUAUGAGAAAGGGCUACUGGAUUAUAUUAGAUGAAUUAAACUUGGCCCCUACCGAUGUGUUAGAGGCGCUGAACAGGCUGUUGGAUGAUAACCGUGAAUUGCUCAUAACGGAAACACAAGAAGUUGUUAAAGCACAUCCUAGGUUCAUGCUUUUUGCCACUCAGAAUCCCCCAGGACUUUAUGGAGGCAGAAAGGUUCUUUCGAGAGCCUUCAGGAAUCGGUUUGUGGAAUUGCACUUUGAUGAAUUACCUAGUUCUGAAUUGGAAACAAUCUUGCACAAGCGGUGUAGUUUGCCACCCUCCUAUUGCAGCAAGUUGGUUAAAGUCAUGCUGGACCUUCAGUCCUAUCGCAGAAGUUCUUCAGUGUUUGCUGGAAAGCAUGGCUUCAUCACCCUUAGGGAUCUCUUCCGAUGGGCUGAAAGAUACAGAUUGGCUGAGCAGACUGAGAAGGAAUAUGACUGGCUACAGCAUUUAGCCAACGAUGGUUUCAUGCUUCUGGCAGGCCGAGUCAGGAAGCAGGAAGAGGUGGAUGUGAUUCAAGAAGUCCUUGAGAAACAUUUCAAGAAAAAAUUGUGUCCUAAAUCUCUUUUCUCCAAAGAAAAUGUUCUCCAGUUGCUGGGUAAAUUGUCUACUCAGACAUCCACAUUGGAGUCUAAGUUCAGCCACAUCGUGUGGACUGAGGGCAUGCGGAGACUGGCAAUGCUGGUGGGAAGGGCAUUGGAAUUUGGUGAACCAGUUCUGCUGGUUGGAGACACUGGGUGUGGAAAAACUACUAUCUGUCAGGUGUUUGCAGCCUUGGCAAACCAGAAAUUAUACUCAGUCAGCUGUCACUUACACAUGGAGACAUCAGACUUCCUCGGUGGGCUGCGGCCAGUGAGACAGAAGCCAAAGGACAAGGAAGAAAUGGACACAUCAAGACUGUUUGAGUGGCAUGACGGGCCUCUGGUUCUGGCCAUGAAGGAGGAUGGCUUUUUCCUUCUGGAUGAGAUCUCACUGGCUGAUGACUCUGUCCUGGAAAGACUCAACAGUGUCCUUGAAGUGGAAAAGUCUCUGGUAUUAGCUGAAAAAGGCAGCCCAGAAGACAAGGAUAAUGAGGUAGAGCUGUUGGCUGCUGGGAAAAAAUUUCGUAUCUUAGCAACCAUGAACCCCGGGGGCGACUUUGGAAAAAAAGAGCUGUCUCCUGCCUUGAGAAACCGGUUUACAGAAAUAUGGUGCCCUCAAACCACAAGCCGUGAAGAUUUAAUUCAGAUAAUCAAUCGUAAUCUCCGUCCAGGAUUGUCUCUGGGCAGAAUAGAUCAUAAAGGGUCUGAUAUAGCUGAGGUGAUGCUGGAUUUCAUUGACUGGCUGACCCUCCAGGAGUUUGGCCGUCGGUGUGUGGUCAGUAUCAGAGAUAUCCUGUCCUGGGUUAACUUCAUGAACACAAUGGGAAAGGAAGCUGCUUUCAAAAGACCAGAGACCAUCUCUACUGUGACGUCUUUUGUCCAUGCCGCAUGCCUGGUGUACAUAGAUGGAAUAGGUUCAGGGAUAACUUCCUCUGGGUUUGGUACAGCCCUCUUGGCUCGAAAAGAAUGUCUGAAAUUCCUGAUCAAGAAACUUACCAAGAUAGUUCGACUUACAGAAUGUCAGAAAAACGAAUUGAAGAUUUAUGACAGACUGAAGGCCAAAGAAUUCACUGGGAUAGAUAACCUUUGGGGAAUUCAUCCAUUUUUUAUACCCAGGGGACCCGUACUGCACAGGAAUAAUAUUGCUGACUAUGCACUCAGUGCAGGGACUACUGCCAUGAAUGCUCAGAGGCUCCUAAGAGCAACAAAACUAAACAAACCCAUUCUCUUGGAGGGCUCCCCUGGUGUUGGCAAGACAAGUUUGGUGGGCGCAUUAGCAAAGGCUUCAGGAAAUACCCUUGUUCGAAUCAACUUGUCAGAGCAGACGGACAUCACAGACCUGUUUGGAGCCGAUCUGCCUGUGGAAGGUGGCAAGGGAGGAGAGUUUGCCUGGCGUGAUGGCCCCCUGCUGGCAGCUCUAAAGGCAGGCCAUUGGGUUGUGUUGGAUGAGCUUAACCUGGCUUCUCAGUCUGUAUUGGAAGGACUCAAUGCUUGUUUUGACCACCGAGGAGAAAUCUAUGUGCCUGAGUUAGGAAUGAGCUUUCAAGUGCAUCAUGAAAAGACGAAGAUUUUUGGUUGUCAGAAUCCUUUUAGACAAGGAGGCGGGAGGAAGGGCUUACCAAGGUCUUUCCUUAACAGAUUCACUCAGGUCUUUGUGGAUCCCCUUACAGUAAUUGACAUGGAGUUUAUUGCCAGUACUUUGUUCCCAGCCAUUGACAAAAAUAUUGUUAAAAGAAUGGUUGCUUUCAAUAACCAAAUUGACCAUGAAGUGACUGUUGAGAAGAAAUGGGGGCAAAAAGGAGGACCUUGGGAAUUCAACCUGAGGGAUCUUUUCCGCUGGUGUCAGUUGAUGCUGGUUGACCAGUCCCCUGGAUGUUAUGAUCCCGGCCAGCAUGUGUUUUUGGUAUAUGGUGAAAGAAUGAGAACCAGGGAAGACAAAAAAAAGGUCAUUGCUGUAUUCAAGGAUGUAUUUGGGUCAAAUUCUAACCCAUAUAUGGGAACCAGACUAUUUCGUAUCACUCCCUAUGAUGUUCAGCUGGGCUAUUCGGUCCUUCCCCGUGGCAGCUAUGUUCCUCACCCGUCCCGCCGACCCCUGUCUCUCCUGCACCAAUCCUUCCAGUCUCUGGAGUCGAUCAUGAAAUGUGUGCAGAUGAGCUGGAUGGUCAUCCUUGUGGGGCCAGCCUCUGUGGGCAAGACCAGCCUGGUCCAGCUUCUGGCACACCUUACUGGCCACACAUUGAAGGUCAUGGCGAUGAACAGCGCCGUGGAUACUACUGAGCUUCUGGGUGGAUUUGAGCAGGUUGACCUAAUACGACCUUGGCAGCAGCUGUUAGAAAAGGUGGAGGUUGCUGUCCACACACUGUUAAGGGAGAGCCUCCUUAUCAGUGCUGAUGAUACAGAAGUCGUGCUGCGAGCCUGGAGUCACUUCCUUCUGACAUGUAAGCCCACGAGUCUUGGAGAAGGUGGUAAAGGGAUCACGAUGGAGAUUGUCAAUAAGCUGGAAGCAGUAUUAUUGCUUAUGCAGCGACUCAACAGUAAAAUCAACUCAUACACCAAGGCAGGGUUUGCCAAACUCGUGGAAGAGUUCCGAAGCUUUGGGGUGAAGCUUACGCAGUCAGCCAGCGGCCAUAGCCAUGGCACAUUUGAAUGGGUGGACAGCAUGUUGGUUCAGGCCUUGAAGUCUGGAGAUUGGCUUUUGAUGGACAAUGUUAACUUCUGCAACCCGUCAGUGCUGGAUCGUUUGAAUGCAUUGCUUGAACCUGGAGGAGUCCUCACUAUUAGUGAGAGAGGAUUGAUAGAUGGAUCCACACCCACAAUAACACCAAGUCCCAAUUUCAGGCUUUUUCUCUCAAUGGAUCCUGUUCAUGGAGAAAUAUCCCGAGCUAUGAGGAAUCGUGGACUUGAAAUCUACGUUUCAGGGGAAUGGGAUGAGAGCGUUCCUGACAACCUGGACUUGAAAGCUCUGCUGCACAGCCUUGGGUUGGUAGGGAACAGUGUGUGUGACAUCCUCUUGGCUCUACACGCAGAGACCCAGAGCAUGGUUGUAGGUACUCCAACAUCUUCUGUGUCAACUCUGAUUCAGACAGCCAUACUCAUUGUCCAGUACCUGCACCGAGGGCUGAGUUUAGACAGAGCCUUUUCUGAAGCAUGCUGGGAAGUGUAUGUCCGUUCCCAGCAUUCACCAGCAAACCGGAAGCUUGUGCAGUCUUUACUAGAGAAACAUGUGUCUUCUCUGAGAGCACAUGAAACCUGGGGAAACGCCAUUCUUGCCAUGGGACUGUGGCCAGAUUCUGUGCCCUCAGCUCUCUUUGCCACUGAAGAUUCUCACCUCUCCACCGUCCGAAGUGAUGGGCAGAUCUUGGCAUAUUGCCUCAACAGGAUGAGCCUGAAGACCAGCAGCUGGGUGAGGAGUCAGCCUCUCACUUUGCAAGACUUAGAAAAUAUUAUGCAGUCCUCCAACCCUGAGAACCUGAAAUUCAGUGCAGCUGAAUUGGAUACUUACUGGAUUGACGAGCCAGAUGUUUUGGCCAUGGCUGUUAAGUUGCUCAUAGAAAGAGCAACCAAUCAGGAUUGGAUGCUCAGAGUUAAAUGGCUUUGUCAUUUAGCCAAGAACAUACCUCAAGGGCUUGAGUUUGUACAGAUUCUUUUGGAAGCCAGUGCUGCAUCUCUUAGGAAUUUUUACUCAAAUUCCCUCUCAUCUGGGGUUAGUAAUAUUAUCAAAAUAUUACAACCCAAUAUAACAGAUGAAUUUAUGAUCCCCCUGGACCCCCGAUGGAAUAUGCAGGCUCUGGACAUCCUUAGAAACUCAAUGGACUUUGACCCUCAAACGGACCAGCCCGAGCAGCUCUUUACCCUCUUAGAGUCAGUUGCAAACAAGACAAUCAUAUAUCUUGACCGGGAAAAAAGGACUUUUACUGAAGCGAAUUUGGUUUCUGUUGGUGGCAAAAAGCUAAGAAACAGUGUUUUGAGAAUGUCCUUUGAAUUCCAUAAAGAUCCUGAGAGCUAUCACACCCUGCCUCAUGAGAUUGUGGUCAAUCUUGCUGCCUUUUUUGAACUCUGCGAUGCACUAAUCCUGGUCUGGGUCCAGUCCUCCCAGGGGAUAGCAUCUGAUGCCAGUGUCAAGGAGAUCUUAGGUUCUCUCCGGUGGCGAGACCGGUUUUGGACUGUGGCUGACAUCGUAAAAGUGGACGCCCCCGGUCUGGCCCUGCUGGCCCUCCACUGGCACUGGGUUUUAAAACAUUUGGUCCACCGGAUCCCCCGACUCCUGAUGAAUCAUGAAGACAAAUACUACAAAGAGGUUCAGACUCUCUCAGAACAUAUUCAGAAUUGUCUAGGGAGUCCAGAUGGUGGCUUCACUGGUAUAAAGAAGUUGCAGAAGUUCCUGGGGCGACCAUUUCCUUUUAAGGACAAGCUGGCAGUGGAGUGUUUUUCACAACUGAAGGUCCUUCACAAAGUCCUUGCCAUCAGGGAGCAGAUGCCUGCCCUUGGGGAGAAUGGAUGGCAGGAAGACAUCAGUCGUCUCCAAGUGGUUGCUUUUGAGUGGACAUUAAAGAAAAGACUCCUACAGGCCUGGGGAUUGCUCCUCCGAGCUAAUAUUCUAGAAGAUGUCAACCUAAAUGAACUGAAGAAUCUUGUGCAUGCUCAGUGUUCAGAAGUAAAAGCCAAAGGACUUCCACUUGGUUUUCCGGAGAAGAAGCAUGGGGAAGCUUCCUCUUUGUUCCAGCCAGACAUUACCUCCAUAAUCCAACUCUCCAGGAGUGUUCAGUUGUGGCCUGCAAUGGAGUACUUGGCUCUGCUUUGGCGAUACAAAGUGAUGGCUGAUUUUACAGCACAGGCUUGUCUGAGAAGGUCUAGCAAAAAUCAACAAUCCCAGAUAGAUGAGGAGAUACGUCAUCACAUUGCAUUUUGUCUCAAGCACACACCAGUUGCUCCUCAAGAGCUUCGGGGCUUGUGGUCCUUGCUGCACCUUCAGAAGGUGUCUACUGAUGAAAUGCUGUCUCUGUGGUCCGAGUUACUUAAUUCCAUGUUUAUGUCUUUCUGGAGCAGUACUGUGACCACAAAUCCAGAGUACUGGCUCAUGUGGAGCCCUCUGCCUGGCAUACAGCAGAGGGAGGUGCCCAAGUCCCUUUUGGACUCCACAUUGAAGGGCCCUGGCAGUCUCAGUAGACCCAUGUUCUCUAUGUGCUGCUUUGAAGUCUUGACCAGCAGCUGCAGGGCAAGUCCCUGGGAUGUGAGUGGCCUCCCGCUCCUGUCUUCCUCCCAUGUCACCCUGGGAGAGUGGGCUGAGAGAGCCCUGCAGCUUCAGGACAUCACCUCGGUGCUGUGGACCAACAUGGCUGUCCCUUCUGUAGCAGAGUUCAGACGCACAGACGCCCGGCUCCAGGGGCUGGUGCUGUGCCGGCACCUGGCAGGCCUAGCAGAGCUGCUCCCCGAGCCCCGACGACAGGAGUACAUGCAGAACUGUGAGCAGCUGCUGCUUGGGAACAGCCAGGCCUUCCAGCACGUGGGCCAGACUCUUGGAGACAUGCUCAGCCAGGAAGUGCUGCCCAAGGAACUGCUCUGCCUCUUGCUUACCUCCCUGCGCCUCUUUUUUGGGGAAGUAGAAACUAAGAGGAACCUGCCUGAGCUGGCCCGGCAGGGGAGCCUCUGGGUGAGCCUGGGCUUGCUCCAGAUUCAGACGUGGCUUCCCCAGACGCGCUUUGACCCUGCAGUGAAGAGGGAAUAUAAGCUCAAGUACGCCAAGGAAGAGUUACACCAACUGCAGUGCGAAUGGAAGACACGAAAUCUGUCAUCCCAGCUACAGACUGGAAGAGACCUGGAAGAUGAAGUCAAUGUCAGUUAUUCUCAUCCUCACAUCAGGUUGCUUCGCCAAAGCAUCAGUCAUCUGGAGGGUGUAACCUGCAGCCUGUUGAAGAAGCAGGCCUUCAGACCCCCGCUGCCUGCCUACGAGACCCUGCUGCAGGAGAUCCACCACUACGUCACCAGCAUCGCCAAGGCUCCUGCUGUUCAGGAUCUGCUUGAACGGCUCUUGCAGGCCCUCCCCAUGGAUGGGCCGCGGUCUGCCCAAGUCGCCCAGAGCCUUCUAAAGGAGGAGGCUUCUUGGCAGCAGUCGCACCACCAGUUCAGGAAGCGGCUGGCCGAGGAGUACGCGCUGUACCCAGACACAGUGACCCCGCUGCAGGCGUCCAUCUUGCAAUUGCAGCAUGGCAUGAGGCUGGUGGCCGCUGAGGUCCAUGUCUCCCUCCACAGCACUGUGGUCUGUGCAGAUAGGCUGGGCGCUCUGGCCGUGGCCUUGCUGGCGUUCCCGUCGGUGGGCCCCAGCUUCCCCACCUACUAUGCUCAUGCAGAUGCUCUGUGCUCAGCGAAGUCAGAGGAGGCUCUGCGAGGCCUGGGGAAGCUGGCCCUCAAGCGGCCAGGAGGAAAGGGGCCGGAAGACAAGAGCCCGCAAGCCUGCCCCGCCCGGGAACAGCUGCUACUGAACGCCCUCCUCUACCUGCGCUCCCACGUGAUGUGCAAGGGAGAGCUGGACCAGAGGGCCCUGCAGCUCUUCAGACAUGUGUGUCAGGAAGUCAUCAAUGAGUGGGAUGAGCAGGAACGCCUGGCCCAAGAAAAGGCCGAGCAGGAAAGCAGCCUGUACAGGCACAGGAGCAGGAACUCCAGGGUGGCUCUGAGUGAGGAAGAGGAGGAGGAACAGGAAUUCAGAAGACAGUUCCCCCUGCAUGAAAAGGACUUCGCAGAUAUGCUGGGACAACCAACACUAGAGGAGAACAAAGGAACUUCAGAUGGGCGAGAGGAGGAAACAGCCUCAGGUCCAGCUCUCCUCUCCCAGAGUUCCAUGCAGGCGGUGAUGCUGUUACACCAGCAGCUGUGCCUCAGCUUUGCUCGAUCCCUCUGGUACCAGCAGACUUCGCCACCGCACGAGGCAGAGCAUUACCUCAGCCUGCUUCUGUCUUGCUACCAGACUGGAGCAUCUCUUGUGACAUACUUCUACCCCCUGAUGGGAGUUGAGCUGAAUGACCGACUCUUGGGCAGCCAGCUUUUGGCCUGCGCCCUCUCCCAUAACACUCUCUUUGGGGAGGCGACUGAGGACCUGAUGCUGAAGCCUGAUGGGCCCUAUGAUUUCUACCAGCACCCCAAUGUUCAAGAAGCACGCCAGUGUCAACCUGUGCUGCAGGGUUUCUCAGAGGCUGUCAGUCAGUUGCUGCAGGACUGGCCAGAACAUCCAGCGCUUGAGCAGCUGCUGGUUGUCAUGGGCAGAAUUCGUGGUUUCCCACUUUCCAGUCCCAUCUCAAAGUUCCUGAAUGGCCUAGAGAUCCUGCUGGCAAAGGCACAGGAUUGGGAGGAAAAUGCAAGCCGAGCUCUCUCUCUGCGAAAACAUCUUGAUUUGGUCAGCGAGAUGAUCAUUCGGUGGCGUAAACUGGAGCUGAACUGCUGGUCUAUGAGUUUGGAUAAUACCAUGAAGCGCCACACUGAGAAAUCGACCAAGCACUGGUUCUCCAUCUAUCAGAUGCUUGAGAAGCACAUGCAAGAACAAACCGAGGAGCAGGAAGAUGACAAACAGAUGACCUUGAUGUUGCUGGUCAGCACAUUACAAGCAUUUAUUGAGGGGUCCUCGCUGGGAGAAUUCCACGUACGACUUCAGAUGUUACUGGUUUUCCAUUGUCAUGUCUUGCUGAUGCCACAAGCGGAAGGAAAGGAUUCACUUUGCAGUGUUCUAUGGAAUUUGUACCAUUAUUACAAGCAAUUCUUUGACCGGGUCCAGGCCAAAAUUGUGGAACUUCGUUCCCCCCUAGAAAAAGAACUUAAAGAAUUUGUUAAGAUUUCCAAGUGGAAUGAUGUCAGCUUCUGGUCCAUUAAACAGUCUGUGGAAAAGACACACAGGACCCUUUUUAAAUUCAUGAAGAAGUUUGAAGCUGUCCUGAGUGAACCCUGCCGGUCAUCCCUGGUGGAGAGUGACAAGGAAGAACGGCCUGACUUUUUAUCCAGGCCGACUGAUGCAGCUGCGAGUGAGGCGUCUCCUGUUCAGAGUCUGAUCAGAGUGCUGAGGGAGACCCUGUUAGCUCGGCCAGUGGUUGCGCAGGCCACAGUUCCAGAACAACAUCAAGGUGCUGCUCUUCCCCCCUUGGAAGGGGAGCUUGUGCGUCGCUUGCCGAAGCUCAUGCGGCGAAUGCGGAAGGUGUGCCUGGCUUUCGUGAAGGAGAGCCCCCUGCCUCAGCUCGUGGAGGGCCUUGAGCAAUUCACUGGUGGAGUGAUUUCCUCUGUGAGUGAGCUGCAGAGCUUAAAGGUGGACCCCUCAGCAGAGAAGGAGAAGCAGCGGUCGGAAGCCAAGCACAUUCUCGUGCAAAAGCAGCGAGCUUUAUCAGACCUCUUUAAACACCUUGCCAAAACUGGUUUGUCGUUUCGCAAAGGACUUGCCUGGGCGCGUUCAAAAAAUCCUCAAGAGAUGCUUCAUCUUCACCCAUUAGAUCUCCGGAGCGCAUUGUCCAUAGUCAGCAGUACUCAGGAGGCUGAUUCUAGGUUGCUUACAGAAAUCUCGUCUUCGUGGGAUGGGUGCCAGAAGUAUUUUUAUCGCUGUCUUGCGCGGCACACCAGGCUUAGUGCAGCCCUAGCGACUCCUGCCAAGGAGCUGGGUGUGGGCAGCAUUGAGCGGUGUAGGGGCUUCUCGGCACACCUGAUGAAGAUACUUGUCCGACAGCGGCGCGCCCUGACCACACUGACUGAGCAGUGGAUCAUCCUCAGGAACCUCCUCAGCUGUGUGCAAGAGAUUCACGGCCGGCUGACAGGGCCCUUGGCCUACCCCGUGGCCUUCCCUCCUCAGGACGGUGUGCAGCAGUGGACAGAGCGGCUGCAGCACUUGGCCAUGCAGGGCCAGGUCCUGCUCGAGCAGCUCUCUUGGCUCCUCCAGUGCUGCCCCAGCACAGGGCCAGCUCUAGGCCAUGGUGAUGUCCCAGUGCCGGGCCAGCCUCCUGCCCCCCACCUGGAAGGACCAGAACUCACCAAGGGACAGCUUUCCAGGGUGGUGCCUGACCUCAUUCCCUCUGACCUGAGCUACCCAUCUCCAGUGCCUGGAGCUCAGCUGCCCUCUGGUUGCCGCAUGCGGAAAGAGGACCAGCUUUGGCAACAGUCAACUGUGAGAUUAUCAGAGGUACUGAAGACCAUUAAAACAGUGAAAGCUGAUGUCGACAAAAUUAGACAGCAGUCUUGUGAGACUCUCUUUCAUUCUUGGAAAGAUUUUGAAGUUUGCUCUUCUGCGCUGAGUUGCCUAUCCCAGGUGACAGUUCAUUUGCAAGACCUAGAGUCCCUGUUCAUUCUUCCAGGGAUGGAGGUUGAGCAAAGAGACCCACAAAUGGCAUUAGUUGAAAGCCUAGAAUAUGUAAGAGGAGAAAUCAAUAAAGCCGUGGAUGACUUUACGACCUGGAAGACACAUCUGCUUACUUCAAGUAGCCACGGAGGAAGCCACAUGUUGGAUGAAGGGUUUGUGGAAGAUUUUUCAGAGCAAAUAGAAAACGCCAUCCGAGCCAUCCUCUGUGCCGUCCAGAACUUAGCAGAAAGAAAGGAUAAAAAAGCAGAGGAGAACACUGACCAAACGAGACCACAGGAAGAGGAUGAAGACUUUGAGAGACUGCGGUCAGGACAUGUAACAAAACUCUUAGAAGAUGACUUCUGGGCUGACGUGAGUGCUUUGCACGUGCAGAAGAUAAUCUCUGCCAUCUCCGAGCUGUUGGAGAGGCUGAAAUCGUACGGCGAGGACGGCACUGCGGCGAAGCACACGUUCUUCCGCCAGUCCUGCUGCCUGCUGGCGCGCCUGGUGCCCAUGCUCUCCAGCUACUCAGACCUCGUCCUCUUCUUCCUGACCGUGUCUUUGGCGACUCACCGCAGCACUGCGAAGCUGCUCUCUGUGCUUGCCCAGGUCUUCACGGAGCUGGCGCAGAAGGGAUUCUGCUUGCCCAGAGAAUUUGUGGAAGAUUCGGCAGGAGAGGGAGCAACCGAGUUCCAUGACUACGAGGGAGGUGGCAUUGGAGACGGUGAGGGCGUGAAGGAUGUGAGUGACCAGAUCGAAAAUGAAGAGCAGGUGGAAGAUACAUUUCGGAAGGGCCAAGAAAAAGACCAAGAGGAUCCUGACUCAAAAUCUGACAUAAAGGGCGAGGAUGAUGCCAUUGAGAUGUCAGAGGAUUUUGAUGGGGAAAUGCAUGAUGGGGAGCUUGAAGAACAAGAAGAGGAGGAUGAGGAGGCAGACAGUGAGGGCGGAGACCUGGAUAAACAGAUGGGCGAUCUCCAUGGUGAGGAAGCUGACAAGCUAGAUGAGAGGCUCUGGGGCGAUGACGACGAGGAGGAAGAUGAGGAGGAAGAAGACAGUAAAACUGAAGAAACAGGACCAGGAAUGGAUGAGGAAGAUUCUGAACUUGUUGCUAAAGAUGACAACUUGGAUGCUGGGAAUUCAAAGAAAGAUAAAAAUCAGCAAAAUCAGAAGGAAGAAGAGGAAGAGGCAGCCGCUGAUGACGAUGGACGGGGCCAAGACAAAAUUAAUGAACAAGUAGAUGAGAGGGAAUAUGAUGAGAAUGAAGUGGACCCGUACCACGGCAAUCAGGAAAAACUGCCAGAACCCGAGGCCUUGGACCUUCCUGAUGACUUGAACCUUGACAGUGAAGAUAAGAACAGCGGUGACGACAGUGACAAUGAAGAAGGAGAAGAGGAGAAUCCUUUGGAGAUAAAAGAAAAACCAGGGGAUAUGGAAGAAACAGGCUCUGAGGACGACGAAAGAAAUGAAGAGAUUGCAACAGACCAGAAUGAAAGCCAGAGUCCACAUGAGCCUGAAGAAGGCCCCAGUGAAGACGACAAGGUGGAAGGGGAGGAGGACAUGGACACUGGAGCUGAUGGCCAAGGUGCAGCUGAACAUCCCGAGGAAAAACCAGAGGAGCAGCAGCAGUCUCCGGAGGGACAGGACCCGGAAGUCGACGAGGAAGGGGAGCAGAAUGGCCCCUCUGACCACGGCUUCCAGCCCCAGCAGGAGGAAGAAGCGGAGGGCUCUGACCCAGAGGAGCCGAUGCCAGAGGCCCCGGAGAGGAAGGAGCAGGAGCAGGCCUGUGGGCAGACUGGGGUGGAGACCAUACAGAGCCCUGAGGCUGUGCAGCUGGCCGGGCCCGCACCUGAGGGGGAGCCAGGCCGAGAGGAGCACGGGAGUGGAGCUGCAGAUGCCAACCAGGCAGAAGGUCAUGAAUCCAGCUUCAUCGCCCGCUUGGCCUCCCAGAAGCCAACCAGGAAAAACACACAGAGUUUUAAGAGGAAACCUGGGCAGGCUGACAAUGAACGCUUCAUGGGAGAUCCCAGUGAGCGUGUGACCAAGAGGCUGAGGACUGUGGAUGCAGACAGCCACGCAGAGCAGGGGCCAGCCCAGGCCCAGGUGGAGGAAGCUGAUGCAUUCGAGCACAUUAAGCCAGGCAGCGACAUGUAUGAUGCACAGACCUAUGAUGUGGCCAGCAAGGAGCAGCAACAGUUGGCCAAAGACUGUGGUAAGGAUCAGGAAGAGGAGGAGACAGAGGAUGUGCUCAUGGACACAGAGGAGCAGGAGGAGCUCAGAGCAGCAGCCGUGGAGCAGCUGAAGCCAGAGCAGGCCACGUCGGCCACCACAGCCGCCUCUGGUCCUUCUGGCUUUGAUGAGAUGGAGACGGAGAUCCAGAAUGUUAAUACGGAGGAAGACCGAGACCCCAGGACAGACAGAACUCACGAAGUGGAGAUUGAGAAACCAGAAAGAAGCCAAGAGUCAACCAUUCAUACAGCCCACCACUUCCUCAUGGACACCAUUUGCCAGCCCUUUUUAAAAGAUGUCAGUGAGUUAAGACAGGAACUAGAGAGACAGCUGGAAAUGUGGCAGCCACGUGAACCUGGAAACCUAGAAGAAGAGAAGGCUGCAGCUGAGAUGUGGCAGAGCUACCUGGUCUUAACGGCACCGCUUUCACAACAGUUGUGUGAAGAACUUCGGCUCAUACUAGAGCCCACCCAAGCCAGCAAGCUGAAAGGAGACUAUCGCACCGGGAAACGACUGAACAUGCGGAAGGUCAUUCCGUACAUUGCUAGUCAGUUUCGGAAAGACAAGAUUUGGCUUCGAAGGACCAAGCCCAGUAAACGCCAGUAUCAGAUUUGUUUGGCUGUCGACGACUCUUCUAGUAUGGUAGACAACCAUACCAAGCAGCUUGCUUUUGAAUCUUUGGCCGUGAUCGGAAAUGCCCUAACCCUCCUGGAAGUGGGGCAGAUUGCAGUGUGCAGUUUUGGAGAGUCCGUAAGGCUGUUACAUCCAUUCCAUGAGCAGUUCAGUGAUUACUCAGGGUCCCAGAUACUACGGCUCUGCAAAUUCCAGCAGAAGAAAACCAAGAUUGCUCAGUUUUUAGAGUCUGUUGCUGACAUGUUUGCAGCCGCUCAGCAGCUCUCACAGAACGUCAGUCCAGAAACUGCACAGCUCCUCCUGGUAGUCUCUGAUGGACGAGGCCUUUUCCUUGAGGGCAAAGAAAGAGUCCUGGCGGCAGUUCAGGCUGCUCGAAAUGCAAACAUCUUUGUCAUUUUUGUUGUGUUGGACAACCCCAGUUCACGGGAUUCUAUCCUGGACAUUAAAGUGCCGAUAUUUAAGGGCCCUGGAGAGAUGCCUGAAAUCCGAUCCUACAUGGAGGAGUUCCCGUUCCCAUUCUACGUUAUUCUUCGCGAUGUGAACGCGCUUCCUGAGACCCUCAGUGAUGCCCUCAGACAGUGGUUUGAGUUGGUGACGGCCUCUGACCACCCCUAGAACAAAGAGCAGUCCAGAGUGAGACUUCAGGGUCAGAACGUCACACUUCUUGCCCAGGUGCUCCCUUUGGACAACUUUUUCUGAACUCACAGCUCAGAAACAGGAUAUUCUUUUAUCUUUCAUUGUAUCUGACUUAUAAAAAUUCAUCCAACAGCUACACAAAUUUUAUAUAAUGCCUGUUUUUAAUUUUGCCACGUGAUACCAGAGCCUAGAGAAAGCUCUCAGGCUCCCCACUUUGCCAGAGCUAAGGUUUUCAGAGCAGACCUGCAAGGAGGAGCAGCAGCAGGCGUCCAAGCUCCGAACUGGGGAGAGCUCCUCUCCCCCCUCUCGAAGCCCAGGCCCAGGAGGAAGCCGUGCUCCAGCCCUGGGGCCCAGCUGCCUGUUACCCUCAGGGGGCCCUGGUCACCCGCACCUUGAGGUGAUGCCGCCAGGAGCAUGGGACUCUGGCAGUCCUUUGACGAAGGAUCAGAGGGAGCUGCCCUUCAGCCCUGCUCUACGCUUGCCAAGCCCGCGGUGUGCACCCAAAGCUGUCAAGCAGUUGGAGAGUAUGGGGGUGUGUUUUCUUACUAUGCGUAUUGUGAAAGGGAACUACCUUCUCUCAGAGGGUGAGGAGCGCGUGGUGUGUGUGUCUUCAGGAAGCAUUUGGACAUUAUGGGAGCCCAAGUAAUCUGUAGAAAUGAUCCUUGGGCUAUGUAAAGACGAAGUGGCUUUUCAGUGUCCUCUUUCACAUUUGCUGCCUCGGGAGACUAUGCAAUGAUAGAAAGGUGAUUUUUCCCUUUAUUUCAUUCAGUGCCAGAGUCCCUGUUGUUGUAAUUUAUUCUUUCAGUUCAUUUCUUUUUCCUAAAAAGUUGAGGGGGAGAAUCAUUCCUCACACUGCUUUCAAGCUGGACUGGGACAGUCUCAUUCUGGAAAAAAAUUGCAGUAUCUGGAAGAAAUCAGCAGCUACACCUAUUUUUUUCCAGUGAAAAUAUAUCAGUGGUUCUUGGGCAGUUUUUACUUGGCCAGAAAGCAGUGAUUGAAUACUUGAAACUGUGUGCUGUGUUCUAUUUAAUGUUCUGAUUGUCAGAAUGUUCUUUUGUAUGGAACAUGCCAUGAUGUGAUCACCUAUCUCCAUGUCUGUUUCCAAGUUACACUGUGAAGUUUGCCACCCUUUGGAGGUGGUCAUCAAAGACACAGAUUUGCUUGUUGUUUAACCAGGUGUCCUAAAGCAUGUACCUGAAGUUAUAUCAUCAUUAUUUUUUGUUCUAAAAAGCUAUGCAGCUUAUAUUCUGAAAACGAUUAAAACAUAUACCACUAUUGAUGUAA